AUGUCGUCCAAGUCCGCCGCGAAGACCCGUACCAUGGUGCUGGACACCCACGACGCGAACAUGUUCGUCACCGGCGACAAACCCGCGCUGCCCGCGCCGCGGUCCUCGCGAGGCUCCCAAUCCGUCACGGUCAACUCAACCGCGCGGUCGUCCCGCGCCGCCUCGACCCGAGCGCGCGCGCCGCCUCCCAAGUACGCCGCCUCCCUCACCGGCCUGCCCUCCGAGGGCGGCGUCACUCGCAAGGUUGGCGAGCAGUCCAACAGGGACUGGGCGAUCAUGUCGCGCUUCGAGAUGGAAGUGUACGCGAGGCAGCAGGCGGAGAUCAAAGCGCAGGAGCGGCGAGCCGUCGUCGCGCAACGACGCGAGCUCGACCAGCAGAUGUCCCUCAUCGAGCGCAAGAAGCAACGCGCCAAGGAGGAGAAAGCCGCGAUGGCCGCCACGGUCGCCGCGGACGUGGAGCGGUUCAAGCGGGAGGAGGAGGCGAAGCGGGAGCGUCAACGAAGCGCCAACGAGGCGGUUCGCGCCGAGCAAUCCGCAAUCAUGGCCGCGGUGGAGAGUCGGAGGCUCGAGGCGGAGGCGGCGAAACGCGCGGAAGAGGAGGCGGCGCUCGUCGAGAUCACGCGGCAGCUCGAGCAGGAGCGGCUCGAGAAGGCGGCCAAGGUUGAGAAGCUCAAGAAGGACGCCGCGGUGACAAUGGCUUUUAACCGUGAGCAGGACGCGAUCAAGGCCAGGGCGCUCCGGGCCGAGGCGGAGGAGGAUGCGCGGAAGCAGGCGGAAUACGACGCCCUCCUCGAAGCCCAGGAGCGCCAACGCGCCGCCGCGCUCGAGGAGUUCCACGCCAAGAUCGCUGCGCGCGCGGGCAAGGCUGGCGAGGCGGCCACCGCGGCGAGGGAGAUUAAGGAACGCGAGGAACGCGACCGGAACCUCCGGAUCCAGCGCGAGAAGGACGCCGCGCAGGCGCAGAAGGACGCGCUCGCCGCGGCGAAGCGACGCGAGGCGACGUCCGCGCAGCUGGAGAUGCUUGAGCUGCAGCUCGCGAUGAAGGCUGAGGAGCGCCAACGGCGACGGGAGGAAGGGGAGCGGUUCGCGAGGGAGACGGCGAAUCAGAUUGCGGCGGCGGAGUCAGCGGACCGAGCCGCGGCGGCGGAGCGACGAGCGAAAGCGGUGGCCAAUCGGCUCGCGCUGGAGGCGCAGAUGACGGAGAAGUCGGAGCGCGCGAAGCUGGCGCACGACGACUUCAUGGACGAGACGGAGCUCCGGAUGAACACCGCCAUCUUGACCCAGGCUCGCGCGGUUGUCCUGAACGGCGAAGAGUUUUGA